AUGCAGCCUUCCUCUUUUUCUUCUUUUUCAGCCAAGAAUUUUUGUCGCAGAAUCCAUUACCAUAGAAACCAAAUCCAACCCAUUGAACGUCCCUGUGACGUUUUCAUUAAUCAUAGAGGAAGCGACACAAAGAGGACCAUUUCUGGAUUGCUUUACGAUCAUCUUUUAAGGCUAGGGCUUAACCCUUUCUUGGAUAGCAAAAAUAUGAAGCCUGGCGAUCGGUUGUUUGACAAAAUCAACACCGCAAUUCGACACUGUGAGGUUGGAGUUGCCGUGUUUUCACCGCAUUAUUGCGAGUCUUAUUUUUGCCUCCAUGAACUUGCUCUUCUCAUGGAGUCGAGGAAAAAAGUUGUACCUAUUUUUUAUGAUGUGAAACCGUCUCAACUUCAAGUUAGAGAUGAUGGAACUUGUUCAAACAAGGAUUUGCAAAGGUUUAAAUGGGCUCUUGAAGAAGCAAAAUACACAGUGGGAAUUACAUUUGACUCAUUACAUGGAGACUGGUCGGAGUUUUUAACAACAACAACAGAUGCAGUGAUCAAAAACUUGAUUGAGGAGGAUCAUUAA